AUGCAGCACAUGGCUAUCUGCUGGGCGGCUUGUUUCCUAAGUGAUACCGGCCAUGUCGAGCGGCCGUUUGCUCAGAGCCACAAGGAUCGCGUGAUUCAGUUGCUCAACCGGCAGCUUUUGGUAUCUGCCAGCGACGAGAUGAUUGCUGCUGUGCUGCAAUUAAUUGUGGUCGAGUGGCUCUGGGGUAGCGCUGAACUCCUCCAGACUCACAGGAACUGUCUUCAACAGCUAAUUCUGACCCGCGGCGGCUUGAACACUCUCGGCUUACAUGGGCUGAUCAGCAAACAUGCAGUCACGACAGAUGUGGCUAUUGCUCUUUCCUUCGAGAACGAGCCAACCCUUAGAGGAUCUCCCGUAUUCGACUUCGACGACAACACCCAGGCCCCCUUCCGUGUUACACAGAAUACCCCUUUUGAUUUUUCUUCCAUCGCUUUUGCCCAAUGGGCCCCAGCACAUCCAGCACGGAUUGCAGAACCAGUGGCGAGCAUUCUCGAAGAUAUCCGCACUCUUCUUAAGGCUGUCCACAAAUCAUUAGAGAAUCCCUAUGACUUGAAGGAGCUCCAGAGAGUGCGCUCAACCGCUCUGUUCGUCCAGGAACGCCUGAAUAAGGCUCCAACCGACAUAAUCACGGGCCAUCGUCCAUCUGCCACACUUAGUCCGGGUACCCCAUCACCUGGCAGCACCAACAUCCCAUCUCCGAGUCUUCAGCCUCAUCGUACGAGCGCGAGUCGCUCUCGAACCCCUCAACCUGCUGCUCCGCCCCUCACUCAACAGCCGCUUCCUGGUGCCCCAGGAAUCAGUCUAACCGCUCCGCAGCCCAUCCGGCAGCCUAUUCUCCCUGGCCCACAACAACCAGACUGGCGGGGACCAGAUUUUUCGCAGACUCUGAGUCCUCACCUUCAGCCCCCCUCCCCUCUCCCUUCCAUCUCGCCAGUCCCGUCUCCCAUCCUCUCCAGCACCUCCGUCUCUAGUGGUAUCGCAGUUGUCAGCCCAUCCCCUUCAUCCCCUGCUCCUCCUCCUCCUCUUAGCCCGAGCCCAGGCCCAACAACCCCCUCCUCCGUCAGCAACGGUCCAACAGAACAAGAUUACAUCUACCAAGUUGUCCGACAAGCCGCAUUGCUCUACACGAAGGCCAUCAUCGCGCGGAAGCCGUUUAGCCAGGUCGUUACGGCAGAAGAGUUCCAAAACUUGUGGACCACGGCUUGGCACGUGCCACUGUCGACCUGGCGAUCGUUGUUGGGGGUGUUUAACUGGAUCUUGUUACCGAUCAGUUGUCGGGGGAAACAAGCAUUUGGAUCAACUCCUGCCGGGAGAGAUGUAAAUUCCGAGGGUGCGGUUGACCCCAGUCUCUCGGGCCAGGGACAAUCACAGGCUCAGGGACAGGAGGGUUCAAAGAGAAAAGGGAAGGAAAAGAGUCAGGGUGUGGGGAUCUCAACGCCGCAUGAUCGGUAUGUGAAGGGGAUGUUGAACUUGACGCUGUUGCAAAUGGCUAUGGAGAACUGGGCGAUUGCGAAGAAGAUUAUGGAGGGGGAGAUUGCGCUGCAGAGAUGGCUUGCUAAUAAGUCAGAGGCAGAAAGCUUUAUGUCGGGUGCUGCUUCUGGUCAGGGAUGGGAGGGAGCUGGUGAGGAUUCUUCAGUUCUUCAGCAGGCAGGCAUGGCGGUGAGCGGUGAGGAUAAAGGGAAGAGAAGGUUCAGUUGA